AUGGUUUCCCUAUCAAAGCUGGACAUCGCCACCCCACCUCUCCCACCACUGACCCAUCCAGAUGCAGAAACAAUCGUUAUUCUGAAUGACUCUAGCUAUCUACACAAGUACACUCGCACUAGCGAUGCGAGGGAACUGAUUAGUGUUGUUGAGCGCCCAGAAAGAUUGCGAGCGGCUACUUUUGGAAUAUCCGUUGCCCUAUCUAAAUUCGAAGCUAAGAACCUCUCCGUCAUCAAAACUGAUAGGAAAGGGUCCCUCGAAGACCCUUCUGUUACAAGAGUUCAUAAUCCCAAAUACCCUGCCAUCCUAGUCCAGGCCUGCGACGAGAGCGAUAAGAAGAUUGCUGCUCGAGAAAACGAACUUCCAUCUGGUUGGCAUACUGGCGAUCUCUUCCUUUGUGGCGGUAGUCGAGAGGACUUCGAAGGAUGUGUGGGUGCUUUAUGGGAAGGAGUUGAUAGGGUUUUUGGAAAAACAGACCACGGCGAUCCGAAGGAUGCCACGAGCUCCCAGAAGAUCAGCCGUGCUUUUGUCUGCAUCAGGCCUCCUGGUCAUCACUGCGCCGAAGAAGAACCCAGUGGGUUCUGUUACCUUAAUAAUGUCCACAUUGCUAUCGCAAGGGCUGCCUUGCAAUAUGACAUGACACAUGCCGUUAUUCUUGAUUUUGAUCUUCAUCACGGUGAUGGAUCGCAAACAAUUGCCUGGGAGGUGAAUGACCGCCAUAAGGGCGGUAAAAAGACACCGAAAAACACCCCACACAUUGCAUAUUAUUCCCUCCACGAUAUUAACUCUUAUCCAUGCGAAAUGGGUGAUUACGAAAAGAUUCGGGACGCCAGCACAUGUCUCGAAGAUUCACAUAACCAAAAUAUCUGGAACGUUCACCUCGAACAAUACAAAGACACCCAGGAUUUUUGGCGUCUCUAUGAAGAGAAAUACAGCGUUAUUUUGCAAAAGGCAGAAAGUUUCUUGGCCAAAGCGAAGGCUUCCUACAGACCCACAUCUAAACAGCCCGGUUUCAAGGCCGGUAUUUUCAUCUCAGCUGGUUUCGACGCGAGCGAGCAUGAACAGGAUACCAUGCAACGACACAAGGUUAACGUUCUCACGGAAUUUUAUGCGAGAUUUACGAGUGACGCUGUCAAGAUAGCGAACACUUAUGCAGAAGGCCGUGUUCUUAGUGUUCUAGAAGGAGGCUAUUCGGAUAAAGCCAUCUGGACCGGCGUAUUCUCCCACCUGGCUGGACUAGCACUUCCAAAGAAAAACAACGAGGUAUCCAAGGAAACCACACCAGAGAUUAUUCCAGAUACACGGGUUGAAAAAGUCAUGCCUCGGCGAAGCUCUUUAGCUCAAGAUAUUACGGGUAGGACCCUCCGGGCAUUUGCAGCUGAGCAGGAGAGAUCAAUCGACCGACAGCCUGAGAAUUUGAACACAGAAUACGACCCAACAUGGUUUUUGGGAGCCAAGUUAGAGGAGAUUGGGAAAGCAAUGCAUGUAGCUCCCUCGUCUAGAGCCUCCAAGCCGCGUAACUCGAGCAAAGGUGACUUUGCCUCGCCAACUGCUUCGAGUGCCGCAAAAGCCGCCACUAGGCUUCAUCGCAAAUCCUCGACCAAUCUGGCGGAUUCUGCCGCCCAGUCAUCUUUGAACAGGACGCCGUCCCCUCCACCAGCUCCACCUCCAUUGGAGUGGCCAGCAGCCUCCGCUGCUAUCUGGAAAAGUUUAUUGCCAGAAAAACAACUAGCCUCUUUAAGAGAGGAAGUAAGCGCACAGGCUCUGGCACCGCCCGCUGAACUUACGGUAGAAAAGGCAAGACGCCAGGCUAAACGCCAUAGUGCGGUGGGUAUCCCGGCAGUCGAUAAUCCUGUUGGUGCGGCAGCGCCAGGGAGAACUCUGAGGAGUUCACACAAGAAGAUAGCGGAUAUUCCGGAGCGCUCAGGUAGUGCCCUGAGCUCCGUUGCGGAGAGCCAAGUCAGCAGGAGGGCGAGCAUGAUUAGUAUCAAGUCGUCCGACACUGCGGACACCGCAAUUACCGGUGUCUCGCAAGUAUCAGGCAGGCGGAGGAUUAGCCCUCCUCAGAAAACAAUAGCUGCAAAGGCAGCGGUGUCACCCAAACCGGCCUCUGCUGCCAAGCAGCAGGCUAUUGCAAAGAAGCCUUCCGGUACUUUCACGCCAUCCGUCGGACAGCCUGCAAAGGCUCCGGUCCGCAGCUCUUCGUUACGUCAACCCGUCGGUCCUCGAAUCGGAGGGACAAACUCGAAGGGGGAGACGGCUGCCGUUAGAUCUCAGGAUCUAGCGGCAUCGCCUGUCGACCCUAAGAGUGUUCCCUCGAUCAGGACGACGACCGAACCGGAUCAAGCUCCCAUGGAGGCUAUUACCUCCGGGAUGCAAUCCAUCAAACUGACGUACAAGAACCGGGAGCGCGACCAGGCCAGAGAGGAGGCCGAUGCCCAGAGACAAUUGGGCGAGAAAUCCUUGAAGAAGGAUAUUCUGAAUAGCAAGACGAGGGGGGAUACAUCCCCUCACGGCUCUCCCAAGUACUCGGUCGGGAAUGGGGUCCCCGACCGUACCUUGAAUAACGACGGGGUCAGCAGCCCCGAGCGUCAUGAUGGAAAGGCGGCCGGGGCCGAAGGGGAGAGGGGAUCCCCACCUAAAGCCGCGCCCGCAAAGCCCUUCGUCGAGAAUGCGAAGGAAGCACUACGGGCGAUGGCGAAGGUGAAGAUCCCCGAGGCGGCUGGUGGAACCUCAUUCAAGGACCGAGUCGCAGCCUUUUCUCCUUUCCAAUCCCAACCUAGCCCGUGGGUAGGCGCGCCCUCUCGUGCCUACAAGCCUGCUGGGACAAGAACCUUUCCGUCCCAUAGCCCCGACCCGGUUCCUCGCGAACCUUCUCCGAAACGUGUCGAUGAAGACGUUCCCACGAAGAAUGCUUGA